AUGGCGACUCCAACAGCUCUGGCUGAUCGGUGUGUGAUGUCAGCACUCCUUCCUGAAGACGUUUCCCCUCGGGUGUACUACAAACGUCACUACCAAGAAAAAAAUGUGGUGGAAGUCAUCAACCUGACUGCCUCCGCAACGGGGAUCAGCGUUAGCUCGGUCUACGAGAUCAAGCGUGGCUUCAAACGUGCCAACGGAGCUGUGAAAUCUCCUUCAAAGAAGCGCCCGAAAUUCGCCGAGAAAAGGAAGAGGAUUUCAAAUCACGACGCGUGCACUUUGACGGCCGUGAGAAGCUGCCUGCACAAUUUCUUCUGUCGGGGGGAGAUCCUAACGUUGAAGAAAAUCGCCGCUCGUUUCCAAGAAGACGAAGUGCUGCCGUCCUGUUCCGGGUCUACCCUGUAUCGCCUGCUGAAGGACAUGGGUUUCGAGAAACAGAAACGGAAUCGCAACUCCUUCCUGAUUGAGAGAGAGGACAUCGCCGAGUGGAGGCGGCGGUAUUUGAGGGAAAUCAGAAAGCACAGAGCCCAGAACCGCAAGAUCUACUUCCAGGACGAGACUUGGGUGAACGCCGGCCUUACGGUUGACAAGGUGUGGACUGACAGCACCAUAAAGUCAGCAAGGCAAGCCUUCAUGUCUGGACUGACGACCGGGCUAAAGGUUUCUUCUGGAAAAGGUGAAAGAGUGAUUGUCACCCACGCAGGUAGUGACACUGGCUUCGUGUCCGGCUGCCUGGACGUGUUCCGUGGGAAGAAGGGGGACUACCACGAUGAAAUGGACUCGAACAGGUUCGAAGCAUGGUUUCUUCAUCUGCUGGACCACAUCAAGUCUAACAGCGUAAUUGUUAUAGACAACGCGCCAUACCACAGCAGAAAGGCUGAAGCUGUUCCCACAACUGCAACAAAGAAGGGUGAGAUCCAGCAGUGGCUCUCUUCCGGGAACCUAGACUGGACUGCCACAAUGAAGAAAGAAGACCUUCUGAGCAUUGUGGCAACGGUUAAGGAUAUCGCUACACAAAGUACAAAGUUGACGUCAUGGCUACGGACGCCGGACACAGUGUUGAGGCUCCCACCGUACCACUGCGAACUAAAUCCCAUAGAGUUGAUAUGGGCACGAGUCAAGCGGGAGGUCGCCUCCAAGAACAUCACAUUCAAGCAACAAUGA